GAGAAAUGUGGAUGGAAAUUGGAAAGUAACUAAGUAGGUAGGAUUUGUAAACAAAAUGGUGCCACGUCACGUUUCAUUGUGUUUGAGUGUGAGUGUGUGUGUAACAGUGUUAAAUAACUGUUAGUAAUAGUAGAACUGUUAGGUAAGUGGAAGAAGAAAUGGGUAUUUAAUAUGAGUUACGUCUUAGACUAGAAAAACACAAACAAUAUUGAAAUCCAUUCUCUCUUCUGUGUUACUCAAAAUGGCAAUGUCAAUAGAGAACAAACAAGUGUUGCUGAAAGGCUACGUAGACACAAUUCCAAAGGAAUCAGACAUGGAACUCAACACAACUCACCUCAAUUACCUUCCAAAUCCAAAUAAACAUAUUCUUCUCCUAAAGAAUCUCUAUCUCUCUUGUGACCCUUACAUGAGAGGUCGUAUGAGAGAUUUUCAUGACUCCUAUCUACCCCCAUUUCUUCCUGCCCAGCCGCUUGAAGGUUUUGGUGUGUCCCAAGUUGUGAAAUCUGAUCACCCAGAUUUCAAAGCUGGUGAUUAUGUGAGUGGGAUGACUGGAUGGGAGCAAUACACACUAACCUCUUCACCCCAGCAAGCCCAACAACUUAGGAAAAUUGAUGAUGAUCAUCAAAAUCAAAUUCCUCUUUCAUACCAUUUGGGACUUCUUGGAAUGCCGGGUUUUACUGCUUACGUAGGAUUGUUUGAGGUGUGUUGCCCCAAGAAAGGAGAGUUUGUUUUUGUUUCUGCAGCUUCAGGUGCUGUUGGUCAGCUUGUUGGUCAGCUUGCUAAGUUACAUGGUUGCUAUGUUGUUGGAAGUGUUGGUUCAAGCCACAAAGUUGAUUUAUUGAAGAAUAAGCUUGGCUUUGAUGAUGCUUUUAACUACAAGGAUGAGCCUAACUUGGUUGCAGCUUUGAAGAGGUACUUCCCAGAAGGCAUUGACAUCUACUUUGACAAUGUGGGAAAAGAGAUGCUUGAUGCAGCACUUGGGAACAUGAGAGUUUUCGGUAGGGUUGCCGCCUGUGGAAUGGUGUCCCUCAACAGUCUCUCUGAUCCUCAAACAAUGCACAACUUGUUCAAUGUCAUACCCAAGCGUAUCAAGAUACAAGGAUUCCUACAAAGCGAUUACUUGGAUUCAUUCCCUCGUUUCUUUGAACAUGUUUCCACUUACUAUAAGCAAGGAAAGAUUGUGUACAUUGAAGACAUGAGUGAAGGCUUGGAAAGUGCACCAUCUGCUCUUGUUGGCUUAUUUUCUGGCAAGAAUAUUGGCAAGCAGGUCGUUCGUGUAAUCCACCCAUGACUUGACUCCUAUGAGUGUUCACUCUUUGCAUCAAAGGGGCCUGAGAGCUCCAAUAGCUUGUAAUUGGCUUUUCAAUUUUUGUUUGAUUUGGCUACUGCUUUAUUAUUCUACAGCAAGGAUCUUAUCAUACUUACAUUCCAUUUAUCUAUCUGGUGCAAACAGAGGCCUUUCAAUUUAUUCACUGUUAUAUUAUAAAAGAGAUGCUUUCUCUGUUCCUAA